ACAUUUUGGUACUUUUAUAGGAGAAUGAGGUCCUAAGGGCUGUGGAUCACAGUUUCCAGCAUGAGGAAAAUGAGCAAAGAGCAUCAACCCAGAAGGAGAAACAACUACAGCAGAUGAAUCAAGAUGAAAAUAAAAUAGCAGAUAAACCUGCCUGGGAGUUAGAAAAGACCACUGAAUCUAGCCAUGAGAGACAUCAAAAUGGAACAGACACAUCUUUAUUUCUGGAAGACUUAUUUCAGUUGCUCUCAUCACAGCCUGAAAAUCCACUGGAGGGCAUCUCACUAGGAGAUACUCCUCCUCUUGCAGCAAGUAUCAGUGAUGGCAUGUAUUCUUCCACACAUUACAAUGUAAAUUUUAGCCAGGCUCUAAGUCAGGAUGUGAAUCUCCAUGAGGCCAUGUUGCUGGGUCCUGACAAUACAUUUAGAAGAGACCCAAUAGCAAGGACUUCACAGCCACAAGAACCAUUUCUGCAGUUAAAUUCUAUUACCAAUCCUGAACAGACCCUUCCUGGAACAAAUCUAACAGGAUUUCUUCCACUUUUUGACAACCAGAUGAGGAAUCUAACAAGCCAAGACCUUCUAUAUGACCUUGAUAUAAACAUAUUUGAUGAGAUAAACUUAACGUCUUUGGCCACAGAAGAAGGUUUUGAUCCAAUGUUAGUUUCUCAGCUUUUUGAAGAACCAGAUUCUGAUUCUGGGCUUUCCUUAAACUCAAGCUACAAUAGCACCUCUGUCGCCAAGUCUAAUUCGUCUCUCUCUCUCUGUGAUGGUGCAAUAGGUUAUAGCACUGACCCUGAAGACCUGGAAUCUCUUUCCCGCCACGACUUGGAAGGAGCUGUAGGCGGCUACUACCCAGAGUCCAGUAAGCUUUGUCACGUGGGUCAUAGGAGCGAUACUAAUUUUGACGCGGACCUUGCAUUUCAACACGUACUGCAUAACCACACUUAUCACUCAAGUGCACUAGAAUCCACUUCUGAACCCCUUUCGUGGCCUGGGGAGUCACAGAAAAUAAGGAGUAGUUACCUCAAUGACACAGGCAGAAACUUAAGCCGUGAUGAACGGUGUGCUAAAGCUCUGCGUAUCCCUUUUACUGUAGAUGAAAUUGUCCGCAUGCCUGUAGAUUCUUUCAACAGCAUGCUAAGCAGGCACUAUCUGACAGAUACGCAAGUGUCUCUCAUCCGUGAUAUUAGACGAAGAGGGAAAAAUAAAGUUGCUGCUCAAAACUGCCGUAAGCGCAAACUGGACGAAAUUUUGAAUCUGGAAGAUGAUGUAUGUAACUUGCAAGCAAAGAAGGAAACCCUUAAUAGAGAGCGGGUCCAGUGUCACAAAGCUAUAAACACGAUGAAACAGAAACUGCAUGAACUUUAUCAUGAUGUUUUUAGCAGGUUAAGAGAUGAUCAAGGUAGGCCAGUCAAUCCAAAUCAGUAUGCUCUUCAGUGCAGCCAUGAUGGAAGUGUUUUGAUUCUACCCAAAGAAUUGGUGACCUCAGGCCACAAAAAGGAAAACCAAAAGGGAAAAAGAAAAAGUGAGCGAAGAAAUUGAAGACGGAUCCUCUGAUAUGCAGCAGCGACGUUCAGAAACUGAUAAUGGAUCACAAACCACUUAAAUCUGCUUCAAAGUUUAGCUCAAGUGUUCCAAGUAUCCUUCAAAUACUGCUACUUGAACCAUGGUUUCAAUCAAGGCUAUUAUUUUGAAACUUACAUGGACAAGUUUAGGACUUAAAUAUCAAACAUGGGGGAAGCCAUAACUUUUCAUGAAGUCCUCUUAAUACUAUGUACAAAAAGGGUACAUGAGAACUUGUCACUUUGGUAUCCAUUGUUUUAGUAAGAUAGUCAUUGCAAAGAGCAAAUACUGGGUUUAAUUAUUUCAAAACAUGUUUCAGUUCUUAUGACUUAAAACGCAAAGUA